GCUUUUCUGUGUCCCAGGCCUGGAGUAAUGCUCCUUUACCCAUUAUAUGCAUCAAUCCGAGCAAUAGAAAGUCCAUCAGUGGUAGAUGACCAGCAAUGGUUAACCUAUUGGAUUAUAUAUUCUUUCAUCACCCUAUUUGAGCUCUCGUUUUGGAGAAUUCUCGCUUGGGUGCCAUUAUGGGCAUACAUGAAGCUGUUGCUGUGCAUGUGGUUGGUGCUGCCGAUAUUCAAUGGGGCAGCUUAUGUGUAUGAAAACUAUAUAAGGAAAUACAUAAAGCUUGGAGGAUUUGGGGGAUCAAAUUAUACAGAAGAUCAAAAGAAGAUCCUCCAGAUGAUUAGCUUAGACGCUAGGAAAUAUGUUGCCGAGUACGUUGACAAGCAUGGCUGGCCUGUCUUUGAACGAAUUAUCAACGAGGCUGAGAAAGAAGCAAAGAAACAUUAAAAUCUUUACG